GCUGACCAAUCACCGUUUCAACAAUGUUAACAUUCAGAGCAAACAUAGUGAUCAUUCUCCUCCUAUGUGUGUCUUUGGCUCUUGGAGAAAUACGAUCUGAUGAUCAUGCAAUCGAGACCAUUAAGACUGAAGAUGCGGACGUCUUCAAGUGCAUUGAUAUAAACCAACAACCAGCGCUUGACCACCCCUUGUUGAAGAAUCAUGAAAUACAGAUGAAACCUAGCUCUUAUCCAUCUGAGCUACAUAGUUGGGCUUUAACCGAAGCUACGAAUUCAAUGGCACAACUGCCCUUUGUCGCAUGCCCGGAAGGAUCCAUCCCAAUAUUACAAGAUAGAAAAGAUGGUAAAAUAGAGAUUUCAAAUUAUCACCCGAUGGAUAAUGCUGGUAAAGGAGAGUUAUCAAAACAUAAUGGAUUUGUCAUCUGA